AUGGUGCCGUCGCGGAACUACCACAAACGCCCUGAGGUGGAGGAAGAGGACGACGGGGAUGGGCGGGGGGCGGCCCCGACGGAGGCCGACGUGGUUUCACUUUCCGCCGCCUUUCGAGGGCUGCUGCAGAAUCCCGAUUACGUCCUUUUGCUUGCGGGGCUCUGCGUGUUUUCCUUCGUGGGGUCGGGACUGGCGGUGUGGGGGAUCCCGGCCCUCGUGCAGGGGCCGCUGCGGGUGGAGAAGGGGCAUGCCGCGGUGCUCAUCGGCGGGACCACCGCCCUCUGCGGCGUCAGCGGCGCCUUUCUCGGCGGGAGGAUCAUCGACCUCCUUGGAGGAAGCCAGGGCGACGUCGGCAUCAUGAACUGCAUGUUUUUUAGCCAGAUCAUCCUCCUCAUCGUGAUCCCGUGCGGGCUCAUCGCCUUUCUGCAGACCCACCUCUGGCUGUUCCUGAUCCUCUUCGUGGUGGUGGUGUUUUCCCUUUUUCUGAUUACCGCGCCUGUGAAUGCGUGUAUUUUGGCCAUUGUGCAGCCCUCUAUACGGCCCUACGCGAUCGCGAUCUCGGUCUUUUUCCUCCACAUUGUAGGCGAUAUCUCGUCCCCGACGAUUGUUGGGUUUCUUUCCGAUCAAUUCGGGCACCUGUGCAUGCUCCACACGGACGAGAAGACAUGUCAUGCUAAUCAAAGAGAACGUUGCUCAUGGCGUCCUGUCUCCACCACCGACCACGUCUGGAGGUGUUGGUAUGAAGUUCAACUGCGAAAUGCACUUUUGAUUACGUUUUCACUGCUGUCGGUGACGCUUUUAUGCUGGAACGGCGUUUACAAUCGCGCUCGGGCAAGGCUGAAAUCCGCGGGGUGGAUCUCACCGACGAAUGUGGAUCCGAGUAGCGAGACGAAUUCCAGGAGUGAAGGGGCUAGAAUAUAA